AUGAAGCGCCUCUACUCCUCUGCAAGUGCAAGGUUGCUAAUAACAAUAGUAUUUUUCUUGCCGUUAAAAGAGGCAGACUGUUCUCUUAGACAGUUAAAGAUGUACGAAUUCCAAGAAAAGAUUCAAGAGAAAACCAUAUUCAGUAGCAUUGCUGCAACACCUGCACCAUCACCAGCUCAUUCCAUAGAUCCCAAAAAGAGCGAUGGAAGGGUCUUCUAUCCCAUUGGAUAUGGUGCUGACCCUAGUGGUGUAGCAGAUAGCAGUGAUGCCAUACUUGAAGCCAUUGGUUAUGCAUUUGGAAUACAGAAUAAAGGGUUUCAACUGUUACCUGGAAUAAAGGAUUUGGGAGGUGUUGUGAUUGAUUUGCAAGGUGGUAAUUACCUAAUCAGCAGGCCUUUGCGCUUUCCAUCUGGUUUUGGCAAUAUCUUGGUUCAAGGAGGCACUUUAAGAGCAUCCAACACAUUUCCAGGACAUAGGCAUCUGAUUGAGCUAUGGUCCCCAAACUCAAGAAAACUUGAAAAAGAAAGUACUACCAUUCAUCAUCUUCAUGGCCUUUCAGACAGGGAAGACCAAAACAGUGGCAUCUACUAUGAAGAUGUUACUUUCAGGGACAUACUGUUUGACUCAAGCUACCAAGGUGGAGGACUUUUUGUAAUUGAUGCUGCAAGAAUCCGCAUUAACAACUGCUACUUCAUCCAUUUCACAACCCAAGGAGUUCUAGUCGAGCGAGGCCAUGAGACUUUCAUCUCAGGCUGUUUUCUAGGGCAGCAUGAAACAGUUGGUGGUGAUAGUGGCGAGAGAGGUUUUUCAGGCACUGCCAUUGAGCUUUCAAGUACAGAUAAUGCUGUCACUGAUGUAGUCAUCUUCUCAGCAGCUGUUGGAAUCACAGUAAGUGGUCAGGCUAAUAUCAUUAUCGGUGUGCAUUGCUAUAACAAGGCUACAUACUUUGGUGGAAUUGGAAUUUUGGUGCGAGCAGCUCAGACUAGGGUGGAGAGUUGCUACCUAGAUUACAACAGUAUAGUGAUUCAAGACCCUGCUCUAGUGCAGGUAUCAAAUGGCUACUUCAUAGGGGAUGGAAACAUUGUAUUGAAAUCAAUAAAUGGUAAAGCUUCAGGGCUAAAUAUCAUUAACAAUAUAUUUGCUGGGGAUCCUAGAAAUAUGGUUCCAAUAGUGAAGUUAGAUGGUGAAUUCACGGACAUAGCUCAAGUGGUGAUUGAGAACAACAUUGUUACUGGAAUGACCUUGAAGUCAACUGUUGGAAAAUUGACAGUAGCCGGAAAUGGAACGCAGUGGAUAGCUGAUUUUUCAUCUGUUUUGGUGUUUCCGAACAAAAUAAAUCAUGUUCAGUACUCAAUUUACACUGAAGGGGUGGUUGCUGGAUUUCCAGCUCAUAAAAUGACUAAUGUAUCAAAUAAUCUUGUUGUAAUUGAGAGUGAAAAAGCUUUUAGUGGUGUUAUUUCAGUUAUAGUUGACCAGUAUAACAUGGAUGGAGAGAGAAAUUUAUGUAAUACAUAG